GCACGUACAGGAUCCUAUGGCGACAAAAUCCAUCGCAAGAGUUGGCCAGAAGAGGCGAUGAAAACACAAAAUUUGGAAAGAAAAGAACCCAAAACAUCAACAAGCUGGAUCUUAUACAUCACUCAUAUCUUACAAAGAAAUAGAUCAACUCGAAUGCAGGAAAAUCCUCCAACCGUCCAUUCUGUGCUGCAACACUGCAAAGACAAUUCAGAGGUGAAGUUGCUUUAUUUUGGCCUGUGAUAAACUUCAUGAAGCAAAAAAACACCAGGUUGUGAAGCAUAAUCAACAAGCUGGAUCUUAUGUCGUACAAACAAAGAGAUGAAUUUCAAUGCAGGAAAAACCUUCAAUCAUCUAUUCUGUGCUACAUGUAUGAUGAACACUGCAGACAUAUGAACAUGGACAAGGUGCUUUGAUGACUUUGUUUCCAGUUAUGACAAUUCCAGAGGUGAUAACAAAGUUGCGUUGAAUGUUAGUUGUAGUGGAUUUUGGCCUGUGAUAAACUUGUAUUAAAGCAUAGACGUGGGCUUGUGCAGCUAUACAAUCAGUGUAUUUGCUGUUUAUACUUUUUUUAGAAUGUUGAAAGUAGAACUGAAUAUAAAAACAGAAUCCAGUGGCGAUGAGGAAGAUAGAGAUCAGACAGGAAGCAAUCAUCCAUCCGAAGACUCGAUUGAGAAUAAUACAAAAGGCGGAGAGAGCAAAAGUAAACUUAGCUAUGAAUGUAAAAAAUGUGGAAAGAAAUUCCAAAGGCACAUUCACUAUAAGAAUCAUGUGUCUUACAUGCAUGAGGAAGAUGACCGUGGAAAAGGAAAGAUACAGUGUUCAGUUUGUGGCAAGCGGUAUAUGGUGGUAGGGAGAUUAAAGAAACAUAUGCUGAUGCACAGUAAUGGAAAGGAAAGGAUCCAGUGUUCUAUUUGUGGCAAGCGAUUUGUAGAGGCCAAGAGAUUGGAGAAUCAUUACAUGGCAAAACAUGGUAAAGGGAAAGGAAAGAUCUAUGAUGAUUCUGGUUGUGCCAAGCAGUCUUCAGCCAAUGAGGAAUUCCAGAAGCACGUGGUAGCCCAGAAGACCAUGUUGACCUUCAAUGAGAAAGUGUACAGCUGUGCCUUGUGUGGUGAAAAAUUCCUUCGUGAUUACCAACUAGGUCGACACAGAUGCCAUCUCGUUGACCUUGAACAGUUUGCUCUUGCAACCGGUUGUAGAAAGAGAAAAUGGAAAUCUCCUGAUUUGCAUAAUAACCAUUGCCCUAUUUGUAACAAGUCAUUUCACUCAAACGAAGGUUGGCGAAAACAUAUGAUUAUCCACCUUGGUCAAGGGAGCUUCAAAUGCUCUGUAUGUUCUGAGCAGUUUACUGGGAAAAGGGAAUUACAAAAUCACAUGAUGAGGCGGCACACUACCGACAGACCUUUCAAGUGUUCAUUGUGUGACAAGACGUUCAUCUCAAAGAGUAAUUUGGGUUCACAUGAAAAAGUACACAGUGAAGUGUAUUAUAAAUGCUGUGUUUGUGGAGAGGAAUUCAAAAAUAUUAGUUUGAUGAAAUGCCAUGAAUGUCAAUCAGAUGAACAGUUUGGUAUGAAUGGUGAUAAACUGCUAUGCAGUAUAUGUCAAGCAAAUUUUGACCUCGGAUCUACCCUGAUAGAGCAUCUAUCAGUUCAUAAAGACACCCAUCCUCAUAAGUGUCCUUGGUGCAGUGAAAGAUUCAGAGUGAAGCAAUACCUAACCAUACAUCACAGAAAGUCGCGCCCCAGACAUGCAUCACAGAGUGCGAAUGACUGUCCAUACGAAUGCAAACUGUGCCUCCGGAGAUUCAGGAAGCAAUCUUCACUUAAAAGGCACAAGAAAGUCAUUCAUUGCAGGAAGAAAAUGGAACAGACCCAAGCUCAAAGUGAAACUAUAACCCUGCAGGAUAAUGGAGAAAAUAUUCCUCCGGAGACCGUUAACUCUGCGAACCCAACUUCAGAAGAGAACAUGGAACAUGGCAUCGAAGCUGCACAAGAGCGCAUUAAUGCAUCAUCAGGUCUUUGGGGAAAUGACAAACAUCAAUUAUCUAAUGAAGCAUUGAUAGAGAAUGGAAAGGAAAGUAACGGAGAAUGCGCAUUGAACGUUACAAACUCAGUACAAUACAAGUGUGAUGUGUGUAAAAAGAAGAAAUCAUUUAUAGUGUGGGGAAACUACCGGAAGCAUAUGAAACAUGCACAUGGUCGGAAUGUUGAGAGGGAUGAGCGACUACAGUGUGCUAUAUGCGAAGAAAAGUUUCUUUCUGUGGAAAGUCUUGAAGGUCACGUGGUGAUCCACAAUAGAUCGAGCCGCCAUUACUGCUGUGCCUUGUGCGGGGAGAAAUUUUUCCGAAAUCAUCAACUGACAAGCCAUAGAUGUAGUCUUCUUAACUGUAAAAUUUUGCCAACAGAGAGGGGUACAAAACAGAGAAAUUGGGACUUUGGUGGAUGUGAACUUACUCAUUGUCCUAUUUGUAACAAGGUGUUGAAAAAUCAUUCUUCCUGGCAGAACCAUAUGAACCUUCACUUAAGGCAUCGUGAGUUUAAAUGUUCUUUUUGCUCAAAGCAAUUCAUUGGGCGCAGAGAGCAUCGAAUUCAUAUGAGGCAUCACACGGGGGUGCGUCCAUACAAAUGUAAAUGCUGUCCCAAAUCAUUUGUUUCCCCAAGCAAUUUGGCCUCUCACGAGAAGAGUCAUUUUGCCAUCCAUCAAUUAUGUUGCAUGUGUGGAAUGGAAUUCCUACAAGAAAACGAUUUGCAUGCUCACACAUGUAAGGCUGAUAGUAGUGUGAAUAGUGCAACAGCAACCAUAUCCUUGAAAUCUGUUUGCAAUGUAUGUCACAAGAGUUGUGCUUCCAGGUCAGUCCUAAAGAGGCACAUGAGGGUUCAUGAUGACACCCAUCCCCACUCAUGUACACGAUGUUAUCAAGGUUUCAAACAUGAGCAAGACCUUGGUAAACACCAAAGGAUAGAACGUCUAAAAUCUGAGUGUGUCAAGGACUACCCUUUUCAAUGUAGCAUCUGCCCGAACAGAUUUGACAGUCUUCGGAAACUCAAGCUACAUGAGGCGAAUGGACACAAAAGGACGUAUUCCCGGCCUAUCGAGCCAUAUUCCGUCCAAAGUGUCGUUUCAGCACCUCCAAAUGGAAUAGUGAAUCGAGGUGCUGAUCAAAGUCCUCUUGAUGUGGACCAUAGUGUAGAUGACUCAUUCCAAGGUGAGAAUGGUAGGGCCUCUCCAGGUGAUCAGGGUCAGAGGCAUAGCAGUACCCCUAUCAUUCCUGGUGUGAAGGAUUACCAAUGCCUACUCUGCGACAAGAUAUUCUACACGAAGCAUAGACUCAAGGGCCAUCUCAAAAUUCACACCGGAAUUAAACCGUAUGGAUGCUCCAAGUGUGAAAAACGCUUUGACAAUCGCAGCUCCCUGAAGUAUCACAAGAAAAGUCAUAAGAAAAAGAAAAAGCGGUAAAUAUAUAUGCUAACGUUUACCAAAAGGUGAAAAGCAACGCCUACAUGUAUGCAUUUGUUUUAUGUCUAGAAAGAGGUGGUUAUAUUUUACUUCCUUUUAAGCAACACUUGUUUGUCACAUAAUUUUAUCUACUAAACUAAUUCCUCAAGAAAAGUUUAACUUGCCUUACAUGGGAGAAAAAUUGGUACCGUGGUAUUUUCAUAAAUUGGGGACUUGGCCCCCCCCCCAUAUAAAAUGGCAUUGAUAUUCAAUUAGUUCAAUCCAUUGCGAGAAGAGAAUGAAUGAAGGAUUUAAGACUCAACUAAAGUUUACAGUAUAUUGUUCAUAUGCUUCUGAUGUAAAAAGUAAUCAUUAUCCAGGCUCAUAAUGUUAAAGAUCACCCUUUUUGUCUCAUAAUGCUCAAUGGUACAAGAAAAGAGUGUAGUAUCCCUUAUUUUUGUAUAUUCAGAUUUUUCUUUAAAUGUUUCUGCCCAUGUACAAGAAGAUGGUGCCAGAUGCAUUCUGUUUUAGGGUGGUCCAUCCAUUUGUCCAUCCCUGUCUUGUUCAUUCAAUAACUUAAUAUCAUUUAAAUGUACAACUAUGUUGAACAGGAAAGAAUGGAGAAAGAAGAGUAUGAAAAAAGAGAGGCUUGCAAUUUUUACAGGGUUCCCACUGUCAUGGAAAAUCCUGGAAAAUUUGUGGUCAUGGAAAAGUCAGGGAAUGUGGAAAAUUUUUGAAAAGUCAUGGAAAAGUCAUGGAAUUGCAUUUACCUCUUGGCUAUGGCAGCUUUCCAGUUUGUUGUGUCUCUCAACUCUCAUACUCUGCUAUUAUAAUUGGUGUUCGUGAUUUCCAUUUUUCCCAGUUUUGUGACAUCCCAAAUUCUACAUAACUCUAGGGAAGUCAUGGAAAGCAACAAUUUAGUAAUGGAAAAGUCAUGGAAAAGUCUUGGAAUUCUUUUUUUCGAAUUUCUGUCGGAAACCUGUUUUUAACACAAUUUUGCCCUUUGUACUCAAUUGAGAAACAUUUAUAUCAUCAGAUUGCCCCCCCCCCCUUCUUGAAUUUCCUGGCAUAUCCCCUGUGAGGCCUAUAUCUACCUGUAUUGUCUUUCAAUAAUUUUCUUAAAGUGUACUGCAAGCCAUGUGUGUGUGUGUUUUUUAAUGUACUACUUCUAGGUACAUACCGGUGUACUUGUAUUUUGAGGUAAAUGGGAGGGGGAGGGCAAGACAACUUAUUUUUUGUCAAUAAUUAAUAUAUAGAACGACUCAGAUCUCAUUUAUUUGUACUCUUGUUUCCUCCCUUUCCCUAUCCCUCUUCUCUUAACAUUAGUCUGUUGACGUUUUUUUUUUGGUCAUUAUUAAUAUUAAAAAAGGGUACCACCCUGUAGACUUCCCUGUAUUAUGACUCGAUGAGUUAAGUGCUUCCUAAAAACAUCCAACAUAUCUGGUAAAUCUGAUACCUGUCAUAUAUAUAUAUGUUUUUUUUUGGGGGGGUCAUAUGGCAAAGAUAAUAAGUUGCCUUUUGUUUGCCAGGAUUUUAAUUCAAGGGGACUCCAUCCCAUAUUUUAAUUGAAAAAAAAAAUCAAAGAAGCAGGAAGGUGAAAGUUUAAGAUGGACAAACAACAUCAAAUCUAAAAAGUUGUUAAAAGCUGUUAUCACUAUGUGGACUUCAAAUUGGCCACAUAGGUGGUGCCAAAUGUAGGGAAGGUGCGAAACAGAUCAGUGGUGUGACGAAAUUUUUUUUUAUCAAGUUAUACUUCAAAUUAUAUUUUUCUAUCAGGCGGACAUGCAACACUGUGCUUUUGUUAUGACCUUUGAGUGAAAAGGGGCUUAUAUCAAAACAAUAAAUACAUAAAGUAUGUGACAAAUUGGAGAGAAUACAAAGAGAUAUGAUUUUUAAAGCAUUCAUAACUAUUGUCAUUUCAAACAUUUUGUUAAUGCUUUCCAAUUUGUUUCAAACUUCCACCAUCCCUUUUGUCUUGCUUUUUCUUCUUUUACACAUUUAGUUUAUUACCUAGUUGGGAUCCCCCAUUUAAGGAAAAUGAUGAGGAAAUAAAUUACUUUCGCCUUAUUGCAAUUUUUCGUCAAAAUUUUAAGUUAAAUCACAUGCACUUGAGAAUGAAAAGUGUCGAAAUUUAUUAGCUUCUGACAGUAUUUCCCGCAUUUAAUUUCCGUCAAUGAUUUGUCCCUUAAUUUUGAGAUUAACCCAAUAAAACAGCGUUAAUAUAAGUAGGUAUUUACAAUAAAGCCGGUAUAAUUAUUGAUAUAUUCACAAUGUGGAUUAAUGUUAUUCUCAUGUUAAGAUGUGCAGAAAUGAAAGUAAACUAUACGUGUUAAUUGAUCGAUAA